AUGACCAAAUUGGAUUACGACCAGAGUUUUGGGACAAAUUAUGGUCGUGACCAGAGAUCACCGGCUGGACUAAGAAGAGCCAGUUCUAGUGACACAGAUGCUAACUACGGUGAAAUUCACUUCAAGUCUCGACAUAAUGGACUUCCACGCACAGGUUUGGAAAGAAGAUAUGAUGAUGAGAAGAGAACGAGAGACUCUCGAGUGGACUCUGGCUCAGUGGACCUAGAGACUCCUCAGAGUCUAAGUCCUAAGAGUCCCCUAGAAGUAAUGCUCAACAGUCUUACACAAAGUACAGGCAGCUUACCUAGAAGUGGUUCCCGGGCAGGCAGUAGAGGAGAUAGUCCACGGAAGCCUGUGCCUCAGCCACGCACCAAGCACCUCAAGAAAGGAGGAAGUGUGCCAGCUUAUGUUACAAAGAGUGCUGACAGUCUUGACCUAGAGCUGGAUGGGUAUGACAAUACAGAGAGCACUGAUUCUAGUCAGCUUGCACGGUCAGGUGAUAGCCACUUGAGUGAUGAUGGCAGAAGAUCUAGAGCCAAGGAUGAGGCUCAUGACUACAGCGAGAUUUAUACACCCAGCUGUGACCACUCUCGUUGGCCGGGAGAUACGGAAACCAAUGGUGAAAAGCCCCCCACUCCACCCUUACACCGCUUCCCAUCAUGGGAGUCGAGAAUAUAUCAGGUGGCACAGGAGGGGCUGUCUUGCUCAGGUGUGGUUGCCCCUAGCAGUGAGGCUGCUUCUAGGUUAAGGAGUUCUGGCCUUGGUAGCUACCCAGAGAUACACGUCCCAGUUUAUGCUGCUGUGAAAGGCCGUGCCAGCCAAAUCAGGUCAGUUCCCUUCACUGGGGACUCCUCAGAUUCAUCAGAUGGUGAGGAUCACUGUGGAGGUUCAGACUCUCGGGGGCUUUCUUCCCACACUCCCUCAUCUUCAGCAGAAUCCUCCUCCAGCUCUCCUUCCAAGAGCAAGACAUCUUCACUUUCCCCAGCCAAACUGUCUGGCUCCUCGCCCUCUAAAAGUAUGAGAAGAGAAAGCCACCGGUUAUCUCAGGACACAGCUGAUUAUGCUGACUAUGCCAUCCCACCUGAUGCUAUGCCAGAGUCUCUGCAACAUUCUAUACCAGAUUCUAUACCAACCCUUAUACUUCUGGAUACAUCCUUUGAGUCUGGUGUGUCCGAUGAUUAUGCAAUCCCACCAGAUGCCCGAAGUGACACUGGAUCUCUUGAGUCAACAAUGGCACCCACGAUGAGUGCCAGGACAUCGUGUAUUGAGACUACGACCAACACACUCACCUCCAGCCAUAUUGGCACAAUUUCACCACGUCGAGAGAGCUCCUUGGAGAAAAUGGGCUACUUAACUAAGCUUGGAGGGAAACUUAAGACAUGGAAAAAAAGAUACUUUGUUCUCAAGGAUGGUACACUCACAUAUUGGAAAAGCCAGAGUGAUAUACAUCGCAAACCAGCAGGGCAAAUUACACUCAAUGAAGUUUGUCGUGUCACCCGAUCUGAAGGAGCUCACACCUUUGAGGUCAAUACUGGCAAAAAAACAUACUACCUCACUGCUGACAACACAGCUCUAGUAGAGGACUGGGUCAGAGUCCUACAGAAUGUGUUGCGACGUAACGCCACCAAGCUGCUGCUCAGCAAAGAAGACAACAAACCCACUUUGCAAGGCUGGCUUACAAAAGUCAAACACGGACAUGCACGACGAUGCUGGUGUGUUCUCAUUGGAAAAAUGUUCAUAUACUUCAAGAGUCCUAAUGACCAGAAUCCCAUUAGUCAAAUCAACAUGCGGGAUGCUCGGGUGGAAGAAGUAGAAAAGGUGUCCGAUUCAGAGGGGGAAGAAGCAGCCGAGGAUGACACUCCACGGGAAGACCUAACGAUUGGCAUUUUUCCCUCACAUCAAGGUCCAACCUACCUCAUCAUGCCAAACAAGCAGGAGAAGGAUAAUUGGCUGUAUCACCUAACAGUUGUCUCAGGAGGUGGUCCCAAUGCAGGGACUCAGUAUGAGCAGCUGGUGCAGAAACUCAUGGAGCUUGAUGGUGAUCCUAACUGUGUAUUAUGGCGCCACCCACUACUAUUACAUAGCAAGGAUCCCAUCACCUCUCCUUUAACCUCUCUCCCGUCCUCCCAGCUUCAGGCUGAAGCCAUUAAACUCUUUAAGGCAUGUCAGCUAUACACCUCAGUUUUGAUGGAUUCAUCAGGUAUAGACUAUCAUGUGGUUCUUUGUCAAAAUGCUCUCCAGCAGUGCCUCACUUACCCUGAACUACAACCUGAACUUCUCAGUGCAUUGAUCAAACAAACAUCGAAGCACCUGCAAGCCAAACCAGGGGUCCAGGUAACCAAGACACUGAACAAAAUCAAGCACUCCCGA